GAAUAAACUUUAGUUGGUGUUGUAAACUUGCCGUUACGAAGUGUUGAUCUCAAAAAUGCAAGGAAAAUAGUGAACUCUGGCCUAAUUAAGUGUUCAAUUUUAAUCGCUUGUGAUACUAGUGAUAAGUGUGCGUCGAUACUGUCGCAGAAUUUUUAUCUCAACUACUUUUUACGACAAUAAAGAAUAAAUCAGAGAAAUAAUCCCCAAGAUGAGCGUUUUCGGAAUGGUGUCAGCCGUAGCGGGCUUCGUGAAAGUCCGCUACCUUGUAGACAAAGCCCUAAUAGACAACAUGGUGUUCAGGGCCCACUACAGAAUAACUUCUGCCAUUCUUUUUCUGUGCUGCAUCAUCGUCACGGCCAAUAACUUGAUAGGUGACCCAAUUCAGUGUAUAAACGAUAGGGGAGUCCCCGGCCACGUGAUCAACACUUUUUGUUGGAUUACCUACACCUUCACGUUGCCACAUGAACAUGGUAAACAAAUAGGCAUGGAAGUUGCCCACCCUGGUCUCGGAAAUGAGAAUCAAGAAAAGAUAUACCACAGCUAUUAUCAAUGGGUUCCAUUUGUUCUCUUCUUUCAAGGAGUUUUGUUCUAUCUUCCACAUUGGAUCUGGAAGAACUGGGAACAAGGCAAGGUAAGGAUGAUCACCGAUGGUAUACGAGGAUCUAUGAUAGGAGUAGGAGAGAAAGCUGAACGGGAGCACAGACAGAAUCGCUUGGUACAAUACUUGAUUGAAACUAUGCACCUGCACAAUUCUUACGCUUUCGGAUAUUUCGUAUGUGAAGCCUUGAAUUUCAUCAAUGUUAUUGUGAACAUAUUCAUGACUGAUAAAUUCCUUGGUGGUGCUUUCAUGACAUACGGUACAGAUGUUGUAUCUUUCUCCAACAUGAACCAGGAAAAUCGUACCGAUCCUAUGGUGGCAGUUUUUCCAAGAGUGACCAAGUGUACCUUCCAUAAAUUCGGUCCAUCAGGUUCAAUCCAAAAACAUGAUGCUCUAUGUGUGUUGGCUCUCAACAUUCUCAAUGAAAAGAUCUACAUUUUCCUCUGGUUUUGGUUCAUCAUUCUAGCCAUUCUUUCUGGCUUGGCAAUUGUCUAUUCUGCUGCCGUGGUGAUGUUACCAAGCACCAGGGAGACGAUCUUGAAAAGGAGAUUCAGAUUUGGAGCACCAAAUGCCGUCGAAACCAUUAUCAGAAAAACACAGGUUGGAGACUUUCUUUUACUUCAUUUGUUGGGUCAAAAUACUAAUCAAUUGGUAUUUGGUGAAGUUAUGGAUGAACUCGUGAGGAGACUGAAUUUCGGUAGCAACAGUAAUCUGCCAUCUGCUCCAAGUACAUUAGAAAUGAGUCCUAUCUACCCCGAAAUAGAGAAGUUUAAAGAAACAGAAGCAUAAUUUUAUAUAUUGGAGACAGUUCAGUAACUAUACAACGAAAGUUGAUGAAAUGUAUUUGACUCAUUUUUAUUUAGAUGUAGGCGUAACAUGUAAUUUUUAUUUUUUAAAUAGAAGUAGAAACUUUGAUAGCUGAGCCACAUAAUCCUAUACUACUUAUAAAUGUGAUCAGUUUUUUUAUGAUAAAAGAACAAAUGACAAUUUUUUAGGGACCAAAUAGUUUUUAUAAAUGUAUUUUAAUUCUUAGGGACUGUAGGUAAGACUGUUGAAAUUAUUCAAGUAAUUUUUGUAAGACAUUCUCGAAAACAAGUGCCUUAAAUAAAGAAACUAUUUCAUAAUAAAG